AUGUUGUCGCGGCGGCGUCCACAUCGCUCCCAAGUUUCACGCGGCGCGCACGGCGACUGCACCAUGUUCUCCUCCGAAGGCAUGACGUGCCCUCCGAACUCCGACGUGGCCGCGGCUUGCGGUCACCGGCGAUGGUCCAGCGGCUUGAUCGGUUGCGCGCUUCUCGCUUCCGAAGCGGCGGCCCACGUUGCCAGGCUGUGCCGGUCCAACCCGCGACUGCUGUCCAUGUUGGUCCAGGAGAAGUGUGGCGACGACGCCAAUAGCAGUCGGUUCGCGCACGACUUCAAGACGCUGGCCGACGUGCUGGUGCAGCGAGUGGUCUCCAAACGCAUCGGAAGACAGUUUCCAGAACUCGAAGGGAACGUGUAUGGCGAAGAAAACGAUACAAUACAAAACAAUAAAGGUCAAGACGUCACCAUACAAGUCGGAGAAACGGUAGAAGAGACGUUGCAGUGUUUGACGAAAGCUCUGGGUGACGAUUUGGACUCGGCCAAGAGCUUAGCCGAAGCUGCUCACAAGGAGUUCGAAUCGAAAGAUCUCAACGUCGACUGUUAUCCGGCCGAAGAGGAAAAUCUCGAUUUGGAGAAAAUCGGAAUAUGGAUCGAUCCCAUUGAUUCAACAAACGAAUAUAUAAAUGGAAAUAUCGAUACCAUAAACGAAUACGGAUUCCACUCCAGCGGACUUCACUGUGUUACAAUCAAUAUUGGUUUGUUCGACAAGCACAGCGGAAAACCUAUUGCCGGUGUCAUCAAUCAGCCGUUUUUCGAAUUCGACGCCGUCAAAGGGUGGAGUGGAAGAUGUUACUGGGCUUAUUGCGACGGACAGAAAAGUUUAAACUCGUUGCCAGAAUUCAUUAGCUGCAAUCAGGAGUUGGUGGUGACCAGCAACAGCGAGACGGACGCGGCCAAGGAGGUGCUACGGCGGUCCGGUUACACGGUGGCCACGGCGUCCGGGGCUGGUUACAAGAUGCUGUGCGUGGCGCUGGGCGUCGUCAAGUGCUACGCGCUGACCAAGGACUCGACGUACGCGUGGGACACGUGCGCCGCGCACGCAAUGCUAGCGUCGCAGGGGGGCACGGCCUGCCACUGCCACACGGCCGACGGGCCACUGACUUAUCGGCCCAAGACCGCUGGCGGCGGACGGGCCCACUGCAACGCGGCCGGUGUGAUCGCUUCGCGCGACCCGCAAACCGUCGACAGGGUGCACGCGCUCCUGUCACCGCUGCACCUGCACUGCAGCAGCAGUUGA